AUGGCACCCACAGGCCUCGCACAUCGGCCAAAAAGCCAGUUGACAGAGAAAUUGCAGCGAUCGACAAGGAACCUCGUUGGCCGUUCAACAGCCGUGUGGGAUGAUUCAAAAUAUCGUUAUCGUCAAUCGACAAUGGAAAUAUGGCACAAAUCAGCAGACACAUUAAAUGAUUCGAAGGAUCGGUGUCAUCGGUCAGCUAGAUCGAUGCUAUAUCGAUCAGUGUCAAAAUGGAACCAAUCGGCAGAUCAGUUAUACCGAGUCGCCCGUAUUGAAGACACGAAACAACAUGUUACAGCAGCGCGUGAUGAACAAACCCAAGAGCAAAAGCCCUCACAAUCACGAUUUUACUCACGGGCACUCAACUCGCAACCAACAAACCCAUCUCCAACCCCCGAGACCACAUCGCCCUCUACAACAGUGAAGCCAAUCAAAUCUGUCUCGGUCACUGGGUCUUCACUAUCUCCGGAGGAGCAGAUAAAGGCCCUGUACGAAGCAACUGUCCUCGUCAAUUCUAUGGCGAAGCAGGCAAUACACUUGCGGGAUGGCAAAAAGACAGUCCUGGGCGAAAUUGAGCUUGAGUGGAUCAACUCGACUAUCACCGAUGCCAAUAAUGCCGCUAAUGACUUAGCUGCGUUUGUGAAGCAGUUCAAACCAACCAACCUCCGAGACCGCAAUAGUUGGCAGCGUCGUGACUAUCAACUUGCCCUGAAAAAGGAAUCUCGCAUGCUUCUGUCUCGUCGCAAAGUCGAGACGGUUCUUGACCACCUUCGCUCACUACCAACCAGUUUAGGCAAGGAUGACGCAUUUUUCUCUCCGUCUGAGCUUUCAAAGGUCGCUCCUGCAAUCUCAGAACUCCCAUGUGAGACGAAUUUCAUAUCUGUCUUCGAGCUUCCAUGUUUAUCCCCUGUGAAAGCUGAGCGGCCUGUACCGAAAAUUAUUGUGACACAACAUGAUGGUGAUAAUAACGACAAUGACGUAUACUCCCAUACCGAUGAAAGUCCUCCCCCAAGCUACGAAGCAAGCAGGGUGAAUAGCCCGGCAGAGUUACAGUGA